AUGGAUCAAUUUAAUACAUUCAUUGAAACAUGGAUGAGUCCUAUUAUUGAUAUAUUAGAACAAGGAUUAAUUAAUAUUGCAAUCAAAAAUGAUGAUGAAAGAUUUUGGACAGUAUCACCAAGAGAAAAUGUUCAUCAAUUACUCUUUGCAAUUCCAUUUUGUUUAGUUGAUUUAAUUCUAUGUUAUUUAAUAUUUCCUAAAACAUCUACAGUACACAAAAAUGAAAAGAAAUGGUAUUAUAAUAUUCUUGGUUGCCUUUGUAUAUUUUUCUUUAUAAUGCAACUUAUUUACAAAUAUUUAAGAGGUGUUAUUGUUUCAAUAUUUAUGCCAUGUCAUUGUGUACUUCUUGUUCAGUCAAUAGUUUUGUUCUUCUAUCCACAACACACACCAUUUCUAUAUUAUUGCUCAUGUCUUCCUGCUGUAGCAUUAAUUUUUCCUGACACAAAAAAGAAUAUAUUGUUCUUUGAAAAACCAAUGUAUUUUAUUCAACAUACUUUUCAAUUUUUAAUGCCAAUUGUUUUUAAUGUAACUAAUACUCGUCCAACAAUUAGACAAUUCUUUGGUUAUUAUUUCUUUGGUGUAUUUUUAUUCCUUCUAUUAGCUUUUUAUGUUAUGGUUCCUUUUUCAUAUGCAACUGGAUUAAAUUUGUCAUUUAUGUUAUAUUACCCACAUUCUUCACCUUGGAAAGGAGAGCGUUAUCGUUUAAAUGCAAUGUUAUUUGUUCAUUAUUUAGGAUGGAUAUUUGGAUUUGUUGUUUAUUAUUUACAUGUACUUUUCCAAUGGUUUAUUCAAAAAGUUUUAAUGUUAUCUAAAUCAACUCAAGGGUAUAAGAAAGAGGAAUAA